UCAACCUACCCAUUCUUCGGUGGUGCCAACACCCAAGAAUUGUCCCUACCUCACAUCGAUUGGUCAGAUCUUGGCCGGAUCGGACCAAUCGGGCGAGAGGAGGUAGGGAGAACUCCUGAGGAGGCAUUGACGUGGGCAUUUUCCAGUUGUCCAAGUCUCCGCCCACUCGACCUUCCGUUGGUCCCUGUGGGCACGAAUGAUGCUUGCAUCUCGCCCUCUCCACCUCGGCCGGCCAAUCAGCUUUCGCGCCAGCCGGUCUAUUGCCCAGCUCAUCAGCCCAUGCCGGCUCGUUUUGACGUCACUUUUAUCCUCUGCCAGGAUUGGCCUAAAACCGCCAGACGUCCGAAUCCCUUCGAGGCCGGCCUCGAAUUGGCCAAAUUGGAGCUGGCCAAGUUGACGCGCUACUUCUCCGAGAGUGGCAGCGGACGCUGA